AUGUCUGAGGCCGCAGGAGUGCUCCGAAUUCAGUCCGGCUACAUCCGAAGCUCUUCCAUCAAGGAUUUGGGUCCUCUGGAGUUUACUGGCAAGGUGGCGGGCGGUCUUCGUUUGGAUCUGCGCCGUCGUGCACCCUUUUAUGGCAGCGAUUGGGUUGAUGCGUUCAGAGCCGAGAACCUCCAGAAGUCGGUUUCGUCCAUCCUGUACCUGUUCAUUGCAGCGCUUGCUCCUGCAAUCACGUUCGGAAGUCGCUUCCUCGAUGGCACCAACGGCCAAUUCGGAGUGCUGGAGAUGAUCAUGUCCACUUGCGUGAGCGGCCUGCUCUUUUCCACGUUUUCUGGACAGCCACUCUCCAUCCUGGGUGCAACUGGUCCGUUCCUGGCCUACUCCUUGGUGGUCUACGACUUGGCAGGGGCAAUGGACUUGGAGUUCAUGCCCUACUACUUCUGGGUGUGCAUGUGGUCCUCGGUGUUCACCAUCCUGGUGGCGGUCUUCGACCUCUGCGCGCUGAUGAAGCAUGUGACCAUGUUCAGCGAAGACAUCUUUGCGGGUCUGAUCAGUCUGAUCUUCAUCAUCGACGGCAUCCUGCCGAUCCUGCGCAACUUCAUCGAGGAGACGAUCCCCUUGCGCAGCGCGAUGUUCGAGACACUGCUCUUCGUCAUCACCUUCGGAGGCGCGUCUUACCUCUCGUACUUCCGCCGCACCCCAUGGACCAUCCGCCCCAUCCGCAACCUCGUGGCCAACUUCGCCGUGACCAUCACUUUGGUGAUCGCCUCCGCCAUCGGAGCCAUCUACACCACGGAGACGAACCUUCGCAUGCUCAGCGUUGAGGCGGAGUUGGCACCGGCCCUGAUGUUGGCGACCGGCGAGAAGAGGUCUUGGAUCGUGAACCCCAUGGGAAUCGAGAAGGACUUCCCGGCGUGGGGCAUCGCGUAUGCUAUUCUUCCGGCGAUCGGCUUCGCUGUCCUGGGAUACCUCGACCAGAACCUCACCAGCGUCAUCGUCAACCGCCCCUCCAACGGCCUGUCCAAGCCACCUGGUUACCACCUGGACCUGUUCGUUCGGGGUGCCCUGACGACGCCGGUCUGCGCUGUGCUUGGCUUGCCGUUGUCCGUGGCUUCCACGGUGCCCAGCAUCACCCACGUGAUCUCGCUGACGACCUACGAAGUGCAGCAGCUCCCUCAGGGCGAGCGUAAAGUACCAGCCAAGGUUGUCGAGCAACGUGCCACGAACUUCCUGAUCCACGUGUGCAUCGGCUGUGCCUUGUUCAUGGCACCCAUUCUGAAGUUCAUUCCCCAAGCCGUCCUCCAGGGCGUUUUCUUCUACAUGGGCAUCGCGUCCUUGACGGGAAACAACCUCUUCGACCGCAUGAAGCUCUGGCUGAUCUGGGACUCCGCUAAGUACCCGUCGUACCACUACAUCCAGAAGCUGCCCGUGCACAGGGUCCAUCUCUACACCUUCGUCCAGUUCAUCUGCCUGGCCAUCCUAUACGGCCUUAAGGAGAUCAAGGAGACUGCCGUGGUCUUCCCCUUCUUCAUGGCAUCCCUGGCCAUCAUCCGCAAGGCUAUGCGCUGGAUGUUCACUGAGGAGGAGCUGCAGCAGCUUGACGGGCAUCCUGCCGAGGACCCUGACGAGGUGGAGGAGCCGGAGCCAGCGAAGCCCGACCUCCUGAACCUGGAGCCGACGAAGGAGGCGCCUGAAGAAGUCAAGGAGGAGGUCAGCAUGCCGGAGAAGGUGGAGGAGCCCAAGUCUGAGGAGAAAGCACCGGGGACAACGAGCUUGUCCUUGUAA